AUGGAUCACUCCAUGGACGGAAUGGACAUGUCCUCAACCUCAAGCUCUAGCUCCUCAAUGACUAUGCCAAUGGUAUUCUCUAACUCGCAUACGACAUCCUUAUUCUCAAACGACUGGACACCGAACUCUUCUGGUGCCUACGCGGGAACAUGUAUUUUCCUUAUACUUCUCGCCAUCAUUGAUCGGAGUCUCUUCGCCUUGAAAGCCGUCAUGGAACGACGUUGGCGGGCUGCCUAUCUCAAUCGGCGGUAUAUUGCAAUUGCAGGAAGGACUAGUGAAGCCGGGAGGAUUGAGGCUGACCCCAAUGCGAAACUUUCUACACUCAUCAGCGCAUGCGGUAUUGAAGAAAAUGUCAAGGUCGUGCAUAAUGUUGGCGAUGGGUCGAUACCGUGGCGGUUCAGUGUUGAUUUUCCACGGGCAGGACUUGUUCUCUGCAUUGUUGGUGUAUCUUAUCUAUUAAUGCUCGCCGUCAUGACCCAAAAUAUCGGGUAUUUCUGUUCUGUCCUGACGGGUACUUUUCUGGGGGAACUGGCUGUUGGGCGAUACAUCACCGGGAAUGACCACCCGCACUGA